UAAAUACACAAUCAACCUCUUCUCUUGCUUAGCUACGAAAUUAAUCUCUUUCACUCAGCGCAGGAUAAUGGCGGAAUCACCGUCGCAGAGUGGUGCGCAGCUUGUUGCUCAUCAAGCUGAAUCGGAUCUAGCUUCUCUCGUAUUCGAAAUGUCGCAGCAGGUUCAGGUGGGGAUGGAUAAUAUGCUCAAGUUCGUCAAUGAGAUCGAUGGGAACUCUGUGGGAAUCAAGGAAGAGAUUGAUAGAUCGAAGGAGUUUGCAAUGGAGAAGAAGAGGGUGCUCGAGGAAGAGAAAGAACAGUUUCAGAAAGCUGCUUACACUAUUCUAGACAUGCUCAGCAACCGAGUCUAAGACGGUGCGGUACUCAUAUAUACUCUUUUUUAUCUUGUCAUGAAAUUGCUCACUUCAGUAAAGCUUUUAUCAAAGAAGAGACUCAAUGGCUUGGUAUUGUAUUUAGCUUUACAUUGCUACUACAAGUGGGUGAUAUUCAGUAGGAUGACUUCAUCAUACACACACCAUAUGGUCAAGUGAAAAUUUCGUUAAAAAGAACAAUAGCAAAUGUACAAGGAUUUUGCUCAACAUGUGGUAUCUAAUUCAAACUACGUUUUGAGAUUAA